GUCCAAUACACAGAAGACUUUUUAUACAAGUUGACUGAAGUUUCAGAAGUGGCCGGAUUCCGCCGGUCUCUCUGGUUUUUUCUGGAAGGCGUCUAGGCGGAAUUCGAAAUCCCCAAUUGUGGCUCGUAUCCGUGCGAAUUCAGAUAAUAUAACGACUUGGAUUUUGCACGGAUUUUUUCUCUCAUCCCAGGUGGUUAGAUUCGACAUAUAUUUCAGAAGAAUUGAAUUAUUUCUUCCCCGGAUAGAUUAUGGGGACACCGGCAUUUCCAAAUCUAGGGAAGCACUGCUCCGUCGACGAUUGCCGGCAGAUCGAUUUCUUGCCCUUCACCUGCGAUUGCUGCCACAAGGUUUUCUGCUUAGAGCAUCGUAGCUACGCUAGACAUCAGUGUCCAAAGGGCAACAAACAUGAUGUCACUGUCGUUAUCUGCCCGCUGUGUGCUAAAGGUGUCCACUUAAUACCCGAUGAAGACCCAAAUAUAACUUGGCAGUCACAUGUAAACACUGAUUGUGAUCCGUCAAACUAUGAAAAAGCCACAAAAAAGAGGAAAUGUCCUGUGCCCCGCUGCAAAGAGGUCCUGACGUUCUCGAACACAAUUAAAUGCCGGGAUUGUGAUAUUGAUCAUUGUUUGAAGCACCGGUUUGGACCUGACCAUAAUUGCCCUGGACCUAAAAAGCCAGAACCUGCUUUCCAGUUUUUGGGGUUUUUGAGUCGAAAGGAGGAGCCAAAGAAGGCUCCUGCACCAUCAUCCUCGAGAUGGACCACGAGUCUCCUCAAUGCUGCAACUUCUGGUAUAGCAAAACUAAGCAACGAAUUCAAUCAAGCCCUGCAGAUUGGCGGAGAUGGAGGGGGCCCCCAAAGCAGCGUAAGCAAACAACAGGUCGAGCAAUGCCCAAUGUGCAACCUAAGAUUCUCUACGGGUACAGCUCUUGUGGAGCAUGUGCAGAAGGUCCAUGAAAAGAAUGGUGUAAUGAAUGUGUCAAUUGACGUCUGCCCGAGAUGCAGUAAAGGUUUUCGUGAUCCAGUUUCCCUCGUGGAACACGUCGAAAGGGACCAUGGAGGUGCUUCAAAAGCCUAGUGUGGAUUUUCGAACUAUACAUAAUACCAAAAUGCAAGAAAUGUAACACACUUAAACACAUUCUUUUCAAUUAUUUGUAGGUUUGGUCUUCAACAAUGUAUAAAUUUCAUCCCUGCCUGAGUUCUUUGGGUUUGAUAGUGGUGUAUUGGAUUGUUCAUCAUUGUGAUAUUCAAAGAUCUUUCUUCCAAAGU